AUGGUGCCAAUUCCAACCUUCGAGGUGGAAAGAUGGAUGGACGAGUAUGAGAUGACACCAGGGGUGCUGAACACAGCGGAAACAUGCGCAGCGUCAGUGUCGCUGGACGAGUUGGCUGCUCUAGCCGGCAACAAAUCCAAUUCCAACCCCGUUGACACGUCCAUGAGUCUUGUCUAUGGUGCCAUCCGGGGUACUGCUGAUUUGCGUGCCAAGGUCGCCUCGUUGCUUGGUCAAAGUUCCCUGGGAAACAACAAUCUCCUCGGUGCCGAUGAUGUGUUGAUUACGCAGGGGGCUAUCGCAGCGAACUUCCAGGUUCUUUUCACUCUGCUCCGGCCUGGCGAUCACGUUAUUUCAGUAUAUCCCACUUAUCAGCAGCUUUACUGCGUCCCUGAAUCGAUUGGCGCCGAAGUGUCGCUGUGGAAGCUGCAAGAGCACAACGGCUUCGUGCCCGAUAUAAGCGAGCUAGAAGGGCUGAUCAAGCCAAACACAAAGAUGAUUAUCAUCAACAACCCGAACAACCCCACGGGAGUCACAAUCCCAGGCAAAGUUCUCAAAAAGAUUGCCAGUAUUUCCCGGGCGAGAAACUUGGUUCUGUUUGCCGACGAGGUAUACCGACCCCUCUAUCAUGAUCUCUUCCAGGAGGACGCGGAUUUACCCCCCUCGGCUGUGGCAUUGGACUACGACAACGUAGUAGUCACUGGCUCCAUGUCCAAGGCGUAUGCCAUGGCUGGGAUUCGUAUCGGCUGGGUUGCUUCAAAGAACAAAGAAAUCAUAGGGGCUCUGGCUUCAUCUCGGGAUUACACCACCAUUAGCGUUUCUCGAAUCGACGACCAAAUCGCCAACUAUGCACUGUCGGAUGCCAUUCGAUUGCCUCUCUUGAAACGAAACGUCGAACUUGCUAGAAAAAACCUCGACCUGUUGGGUGAUUUCGUUGACAGAUACGGCCAUAUUCUGUCCUGGGUCAAGCCCAAUGCAGGCACGACUGCCUUCAUCAAGAUUGCUCACAACGGUGUUCCUGUGGACGAAGAGACGUUCUGCAAGGACCUUAUCUCCAAGACGAAGGUCUUCUUUGUGCCGGGUCGAAGAUGCUUUGGGGACGGCCAAGACUUUGCGGGUUUCAUUCGUGUGGGCUAUGUUUGCCACACCGAAGUGCUGGAGGAAGCUCUCGCGUUACUGGGUCCUUACCUCGAGAAAACCUUCCCCUAG